AUGGCUGACGAAGACCUCUUAGACUACGACGAGGAGCAGGCCGAGGAGACCCCAGUCGCAGCCGUCGACGAGAAGAAGAAGGACGGCAAGGGGCCUGGCUACGUUUCCAUCCAUUCUUCCGGCUUCAGGGAUUUUCUGUUGAAGCCUGAGCUCCUCCGAGCCAUCGUCGAUUGCGGUUUCGAGCAUCCCUCGCAGGUGCAAAACGAAUGCAUCCCACAGGCUGUUCUCGGCAUGGACGUUCUCUGCCAGGCCAAGUCCGGUAUGGGAAAGACGGCUGUCUUCGUCCUGGCGACGCUGCAGCAGCUCGAGCCCGUCGACGGAAACGUUUCCGUGAUCGUCAUGUGCCACACGCGAGAACUGGCCUUCCAGAUCUCGAAGGAGUACGAGCGCUUCAGCAAGUACAUGGACAGCAUGAAGGUGGCGGUCUUCUUUGGCGGCAUGCCCAUCGAGAAGGACAAGAAGGUGCUCAAGGACAACUGCCCUCACAUUGUUGUUGGCACUCCCGGACGUAUCCUCGGCCUCAUCCGCUCCAAGGCACUCAGCCUCAAGAACGUCAAGCACUUCGUUCUCGAUGAGUGCGAUAAGAUGCUCGACGCAUUAGAUAUGCGCCGAGACGUGCAGGAGAUCUUCCGCCAAACUCCGCACGAGAAGCAAGUGAUGAUGUUCUCGGCCACGCUGUCGAAGGAAGUGCGACCUGUCUGCAAAAAAUUCAUGCAAGAUCCCAUGGAAGUCUUCAUCGACGACGAGGCCAAGUUGACCCUGCACGGCCUCCAGCAGCACUACGUCAAGAUCAAGGAGAACGAGAAGAACAGAAAGCUCUUCGACCUGCUCGACGCGCUCGAGUUCAACCAGGUCGUCAUCUUCGUCAAGAGCGUGCAGAGAUGCAUCGCGCUCUCCACCCUCCUCAAGGAACAGAACUUCCCAGCUGUCGACAUCCACAGAGCCAUGAAUCAGGAAGAACGUCUUCAACGAUACCAGCUCUUCAAGAACUUCCAGCGCCGUAUCCUCGUCGCCACCAAUCUCUUCGGCCGUGGUAUGGAUAUCGAGCGAGUGAACAUCGUGUUCAACUACGAUAUGCCCGAGGACUCCGACACCUAUCUGCAUCGAGUCGCCCGAGCCGGUCGAUUCGGCACCAAGGGUCUUGCCAUCUCCUUCGUUUCCGACGAGGAAGACGCCAAGACCUCCCAGUCCGUCCAGGACCGAUUCGAAGUCAAGAUCACCGAGCUCCCCGAGGAAAUCGACAUCAGUACUUACAUCGAAGGACGUUAA